AUCCUGCGCCACUCCUUCAGGCUCCGUCAGACUGAGGUCGGAGUGUGUGGACAGGUCUGCUGCGUUGAAGUCUCUGAAUCCAGGAGUUCACUGACCGGGGAUCAGCUCGCACAGUGUGUUCAGAGCGUGGACGUCAUUGGUGCAUUAGGACACGAUGUGUCGCCCCCGCUGCUUCCUGCUGCUGCUGCUGGUUCACUUCCCUGUGGCUCAGCCCAGCCCAGCCACAGAGGACACAGUGAUGGCUCCACAGUGGGAGUGGCCAGAGAAGAUGGAGAAGAAGCACCAUCACAGUCUUGCCAGCCACACAGUAAAACUUCGAUGCAAAGCAAGAGGAAACCCACUUCCCUCCAUACACUGGUACAAGAAUGGAAAACGGCUCAGCAUGGACCAAAGAAAAGGAGGCUUCAAGAUCAGAGACCACAUGUGGACUCUAAUAAUGGAGUCAGUGGUUCCCUCUGAUAAAGGGAACUACACCUGUGUGGUGGAGAAUGAACAUGGGCGCCUCCAACACACCUACCAGCUGGAUGUACUGGAACGUUCCCCUCACAGGCCCAUCCUGCAGGCCGGGCUGCCGGCCAACAAGACAGCGGUCGUUGGCAGCGAUGUGGAGUUCGUCUGCCGUGUCUUCAGUGACAAACAACCUCACAUUCAGUGGCUCAAACACAUCACCGUCAACAGCAGCAGAGUGGGACCGGACGGAUUGCCCUAUGUUCGAGUUAUUAAAACUGCCGGCUUGAACACCACAGACAGAGAGAUGGAGGUGUUGACUCUGAGGAACAUAACUCUGGAUGAUGCUGGAGAGUACACCUGCCUGGCUGGAAACUCUAUUGGGUUUUCCUACCACUCUGCGUGGCUCACUGUAGUCGAGGAGAAAUCCUCUGGAGGAUGUUCAAAGAAAGGCAAACUGUCCCGUGAACUUUCAACAGGCCAUGGAAAGCUGGUGUUGGUGCCGCAGUGGGUGAGGCCGGAGAAGAUGGAAAGACAGCUCUACACCGUUCCUGAUGGCAAGCUGGUGAAGUUUCACUGCCAAGCGACAGGAAACCCGGUUCCCUCUCUGCGCUGGUACAAGAACGGAGACGAGAUCAGAGACCAUGAGUGGACUCUAAUUAAGGAGUCAGUAGCGCCCUCUGAUAAAGGGAACUACACCUGUGUGGUGCAGAAUGAAUAUGGGAGCCUUCGACAUACUUACCAGCUGGAGGUAGUCGAGCGUUCUCCUCACAAGCCGAUCCUGCAGGCUGGACUACAGGCUCACCGGAUUGCUGUGGUUGGUAGUGAUGUGGAGUUUGCAUGCACAGUGAUUGGUGAGCCACAGCCUCAAAUACAGUGGCUCAAACACAUCACGAUCAAUGACAGCAAAGAAGGCCCAGACGGACUCCCCUUUGUUCAUCUUCUCAAAGAUGAAGAUUUGAACACAGCAGAUCAUGAGGUGGAGUCCUUGCUAACUCUGAGGAACGUAACUCUGGCUGAUGCUGGAGAGUACACCUGCCUGGCAAGGAACUCUGAGGGAGUGUCUCAGCAGACUGUGUGGCUCAUAGUGAUUGAUGAAACAUCUCUCCAGCUUCUCAAGAGUUGUUCUCCAGUCCACUGCUCCUCAGCCUACACAUGUCAGCACUUGACCUGAUGUAUCUCAGCGUAUGCUGAUGGCACACAGUUACACACUGCACUUCCUCUGAUAGUUUCAGUUCUGUUAACAAGCUUCCUGUCAUGGAUCUCCUGCUCCAGCAGUGGACAUUCAUGUUAAACAUGCCUGGAUGUUAGCUUUCUGCUUCACUGAUCUGGAUACUGUAGUUUUUCUCAUUCACGUUGUUUUUAUAAUCAGCCUAAUAAAAGACAUUC